AUGAUAAAGACCGAGCCGAAUCCGAUCAAUAUGGAGGAUCCAGGUGGAGUUUUCAGGCUCCGAGAGGAGCAUGAAAAGGUGGUGAAGGACUGCGAACGUCGGAUUCAGCAUUGGGAAAAGGUCUCCGGUGAUUACGAAGCCCUGAAAGAACGCCUCGAAACGCUGCCGGAUAGGCUGUCUUAUGACAUCAUGGUGCCGUUCGGCCCGAUGGCCUUCAUGCCUGGGAAGCUGGUACAUUGUAACGAGGUCACCGUGCUGCUUGGCGACAACUGGUUUGCUAAGUGCUCCACCAAGCAGGCUGAAAAAAUCGUCGACCACAGGCUGAAGUAUGUGAAGAAUGAACUGUGUGGUCUGUCCAAGACGAUGACGAACUUUGAAUCGAGAGUAAAAAUGGUGAAAGACUUGGAAAAUAUCGUAAAUGAAAAAGGGGACUAUGUCGACAUCAGAGAGGUGAUUGGAAACAAUGAUGACACCCUCACAAAAGGAAAGCGUCGAAUGGCUCACAGGCCAAAUUCUAAACCCAAAUUGGAAACGGUGUUGGAUUUGGAAGAAGAAUCCGAAGGCAGUGGCAGCGCCCAACAAAACGGAAGCACUCGGAGUGUCAUGACCCAGGAGGAGUUAUGGGCUCGACUGGAUGAAUUGGAGAAAAUCGAGGAACUCCAAAAUGAGCGGGACAGCUUGUCUGAUAACGUCGCCAGCGAAGACACAUCCUCCUCUUCCUCGGAGGAGCAGAACGAAAGCGACUCCCCUCCUCCGGAGAACGGACAUGCCGUGAAACCCCAAGAUAUCACGCCCCCCAGUGGAGAAGCCAAAGAAGAAUACGACGAUGAGCACUACAAUCUGCCGACCAUUUAUUUUUCCCACACGGUCGAACCCAAGAAGGUCAGAAUCAACACCAGUAAAAACACCACUUUAAAGUUCAGCGAACGGAAAGAACAGAAGGACCACUCAAAAAAGAAAAAGAGAAACGGUCAUCAUAACGGACACGCUCAUCACGAAGUUCAUAAAAUCCAAACGCCUGUUGACAUCUACAGGUUGUUUGUGGACGUUAAGGACGGGGAACCCGUCCCCAAAAAGUCCAUCUUAAAGUCGCGCAGCCGUGAGAACAGCGUGUGCAGCGACACGAGCGAGAGCAGCGCCGCCGACCUAGACGAGCGGCGGCUGACCGCGCGCAGUUUUAGCCACGAUGAGAGCGCGCCGAGCGACAACAGCGACAGCCUGACAGAGGAGGACGGCGCCAAGGGAAUGCCGUCGCAUCCCGGCAGACAGUUUGAGGCCUUCUCGGGUACAGUGGUAGAAAAAGACCCAAUGCCCUCUACGGUUCCGUUACUUACCAUCGGUCCUCCAGCGCUGCCGACCAUCAUUGAGUGGAAGCAGGAGGACAUAGCACCCGACGCGGAUGUUCCUCAGGCCCCUGUAAAACGGGUUUCCAAGUUCAAAGCUGCCAGGAUGCAGCACAAAUAA